CCAUAGCAGGCGAAGCCAAAUUAUAAAAAAUCCAUCCAUCUGAAAACACAAUUCAUUCCCGAUGGCGACGGCGGACAUUUCUUCAAUGGAAAUCGACGAUCAGAUCGACACAAACCCUAAGUUCUCAAUCAACGUAUUGCAGCUGUUAAAAUCAGCGCAGAUGCAACACGGAUUACGUUUUGGCGACUACACUCGUUAUCGGAGAUAUUGUACUGCACGGUUAAGGAGAUUGUAUAAAUCGUUGAAGUUUACGCAUGGCCGUGGGAAGUAUGCGAAGAAAUCGAUAACAUUAUCGACUGUUACUGAAGUUAGGUUUCUCCAUAUGGUUCUCUAUAGUGCAGAAAGAGCAUGGAGCUAUGCCAUGGAGAAGAGACAGCUUCCUGAUGGUCCAAAUGCACGCCAGCGAAGUUACCUGAUUGGCAGGUUGCGUAAAGCAGUAAAGUGGGCUACACUUUUUUCAGAAUUAUGUGCUAUCAAGGGAGAUUCUAGAACAUCAUUAGAAGCUGAGGCUUAUGCUUCAUAUAUGAAAGGAAAUUUACUAUUUGAGCAAGAUCAGAAUUGGGAUAUCGCAUUAAAGAGUUUCAAGAGUGCCAGGGUUGUUUAUGAGGAACUUGGAAAAUAUGGAGAUUUGGAUAAUCAAGUUUUGUGUCGUGAACGUGUUGAGGAACUGGAACCUAGUAUACGCUACUGUUUGCACAAAAUUGGCGAGUCAAAUUUACAAGCUUCUGAACUUGUACACCUUGGGGAAACUGAAGGACAUGCGUUGGAUCUUUUUAAAGCAAAGUUGGAGGCUGUUAUGGCUGAAGCUAGAUCUCAGCAGGCUGCAUCCAUGACUGAAUUUCACUGGCUCGGUCAUAGGUAUCCGAUAUCAAAUGCUAAGACUCGGGUCUCCAUAUUGAAAGCCCAGGAAUUGGAGAAAGAGCUACAUGAUCGAACAGAAGGUGCUCUUCCUGCUGAAAAAAGACUCGCUGUCUUUGACAAAAUUUUUGCUGCAUAUCAUGAAGCCCGGGGGUCCAUUCGCAAUGACUUGGCCACUGCAGGCAGUUCUGAAAACAUAAAGGAUGAUUUAAGCGGGCUUGAUAAAGCUAUCGGGGCUGUAUUAGGCCAACGGACCAUUGAACGCAACCAGCUGCUGGUUAGCAUAGCUAAAAGCAAACUUAGCAAAGCCCGUGAUGAAAAAAAUGAGAAAGUAACCAAGCCUGAAGAACUUGUGAGGUUAUUUGAUCUUCUUCUACAGAAUACAGCAGAUCUCUCUGACUUGUUGAGUUCCGGUAGAGACAGAAAAGAGGAAGAGGUGGCAUUAUUGGAAGAGUGUGAAAUUAAAAGUUUGACCUUCCGAGCUGAAAGGUGCUUUUUCUUAGCCAAGUCUUAUAGUUCAGCUGGGAAGAGGACAGAGGCAUAUUCCUUGUUUUCUCUUGCUCGCUCUCUUGCUGAAAAUGCUCUAAAGAAACUUCGCAGUGUGGGCAACCAUGAUAAGGCGAUGCUUAAAGAAUUGGAGACAUUGUAUGACAACUGUAGAUCCAGCAGUUGUAUUGAACAUGCAAUGGGAAUAAUGGAACAUGAAAAGGCCCCUGAGGAUCUUUCGAACAGGAUCUCUACUGUAUCAAUAUCUGGGAGUGAUAAGAAGCAGGAAAAGUUUCUCAUAGAGAAUUUGGAUUCUUAUGAGUCUGCUGUUGCUGGUUCGAGCACAAAGGCAGCUCCGCGUAUUGCAGCAUAUCAGCCAACCUUCCAAGCAGUUCCCUGCAAUCCUAUUGUUAUGGAUCUUGCCUAUAAUGCAAUCGAUUUCCCAUCAAUUGAGAACAGAAUGAAGAAAGACAAAAAGGGUUUCAUUAGUAGGCUUUGGGGAUAAAUUAUACCAUCACAAUUUAGGUUCAUCAAGCGUUAUAGAUUAUGAACAAUUUUGUAACAGUAAUAUUCCGGCUUUCUGUCACAUACAGUGUGUUGCUUAUCAAAUUGGUUAAUGAAGAGAUUGAGAAAUUGAAAAUUGCAUUUAAACGAAGGACCAACUUUUUGCAUAAUAAAGUGGUGAUAGUUGGAAAUGACAUUGUUCAAACUUGAAGACCAUUCAUGUAAUGUCAACUCUACUGAAUGCAAUUGUCAUGAUCUCUUUUUUUUUUUUCCCCUCAAAAGCUUACAUGAAUGGUAGGAGAUAUAAAGAUGUGGCAGCUCAUGUAUUUUUCUGUAUACAAAAAAGUUGUACUUAGUGGUGGUUAUUGCUUUUAUUCAUGUUUAAUGAACAGAUGUAUAUUAUUGAAUUUGCCUGA